AUGGAAUUCAUGCAAAAACAACCCCAAAAUACCCCCUUUUGUGAAGCUGAGUACCACAGAGCUCGCCUGACCGUGUCCUACUGCCGGAGCAGCGGCCCCGGCGGGCAGCACGUUAACAAAGUGAACAGCAAGGCAGAAGUUCGGUUCCACCUGGCGUCGGCAGACUGGAUUCCAGAAGCUGUGAGACAAAAAAUGGCAUCGAUGCACAGGAAUAAGAUAAACCGAGCUGGUGAGCUGAUUGUGAACUCUGAGGAGAGUCGCUACCAAAUGAGGAAUCUGGCGAUUUGUUUAGAAAAAAUCAGAGCCAUGGUCACGGAGGCGACCGAGAAGCCCAAGGUGGUGUCUAAGGAGACUACGCAGAAACUCAUAGAGAGGGUGGAAAAAAUGAACCGUGAACGACUACGGCAGAAAAAGAUACACUCAGAUAUAAAACAGAGCAGGAAGGCAGACUUUGACUGA